UAAUAUUUGAAGCAAAGGAAAGAAAUUUUUUGCCAAGACGCUAUUAUUUUAAUAACAUGAUUUUCAUUCAACACCAUUAUUGUAUAACAUAACUUUCUUUCUCUUUCUCUGAACCCAACAAUGGCUUCAAGUGGCGAUGCAGCACCAGAGUUCUACCAAAACGUCGUCGUAAUGCGUCACGGCGAUCGCGUCGACAACUUCGAACCCAUGUGGGUCACCUUCGCCACCCGACCCUGGGACCCGCCCCUGAUCCAACAGGGUCGGGUUCGAGCCUUCGCCACGGGUCGCGAGUUACGCAAAAAACUACCUUUCACUCUCAAUCGCGUUUUCGUCUCUCCCUUUCUCCGAUGUGUCCAAACCGCCGCCGAAGUCGUCGCCGCCCUCUCCGCCGUAUCCGACAACCAAGACCCCAAUAACCUCACCGGCGAUGGCGUCCCCAUCGAUCCCUCUAAAAUCAAGGUCGCUGUUGAAUAUGGCUUGUGUGAAAUGAUGAGCAGGGCAGCUAUUAGACUUGACGUGGUGCCUAAAGACGGAAACUGGGGUUUCGAUAUUCCGAAGCUCGAGGCUCUGCUUCCGGCAGGGACAGUAGAUAAGAAUGUGAAAAGGGUCUAUGAAAAGUUGCCCCAGUGGGAAGAAGAUCCAAACUUGCACACAAGGCCUAGAUAUAAGCAAAUAGUUAAAGAUCUUGCUGACAAAUAUCCUACGGAGAACUUGCUGCUUGUCACACAUGGGGAAGGAGUUGGGGUGGCUUAUUCUUCAUUCCAAAAGGAGGUUGAAGUGUAUGAUGUUGAUUACUGUGGAUACGCCCAACUCAGACGCCCAAUUUUCAAGAAAGAUCAAUCAUUCACUGCAGGAGAAUUUGAAGCUAUUGUUCACAAUGGUCAAACUGGUAUAAAAUGCAUCGAAAACAAAACUGCACAAUAAUGGCCAUCUACACCUCCGAGGCCUGAUUCUCACUUACUACUGUGGCUACUUCAUGUUUGAUUCCUCCAAAGACUAAAUGAUUCUGUAUUGAGAAUGUUUGAUUGAGUAGGAACACAAACACCAUUAUUAUUCUUCACUCGAUUGAAUGGUAAACAUAGGAUGAAAAGAAAAGUAUGGUUUUACUUUUCCCCAUUAUAAUCAGAAUAAGUUAAUGGAUACAUUAUAUGAAUUUAC